AUGUCGCCAAGUCUAUAUCAUUCACCUCACUUCAUCUCAUCAGAUGGGCAUUUUAUCAUGUUACAUCAUCACAAGAAGGGUAACCACAGUGUGCUAGGAAGUGGAACAGGAGGCCCAAAGAAGGAGUUACAUCAGAGCUGGUGCAAGGUAGUCUGCAGCCACAAGUCUUUCUGGAAGCUACGACUCUUGCAUGGCCAGCAGCUCCCACAGUUGCAGAGGUCCACAGAUUGGGAGGUGUUUACCUGCAAAACAAAUUCCAUCCACUUUGAACCUGAAUGUGGUUUUGGAACUGCACUACACUGGGCUCUUGGUGCUCAAGUUCUAGAAGAAUAUGACUUUCAGUUGAAAAACAUCAAACCUGCUCUCCAGGAGCUGAUUGUGGUAGACGGCGUGUUAGCAUCAGCUCACACCAACAGGCCUGUACCCAGUACUGUCUUCCCACCUGUGCAGACCAUUGAUCGCGAGAUGGAGAAUAAAGAAACUCUCAAGGGGUUGCAUAAGAUGGACGAUCGCCCAGAAGAACGAAUGAUCAGGGAGAAACUGAAGGCAACCUGUAUGCCAGCCUGGAAACACGAGUGGCUGGAGAGAAGAAAUAGGAGGGGCCCUGUGGUGGUAAAACCAAUCCCUAUUAAAGGAGACGGUUCUGAAACUCACAGCUUGGCAGCUGAGUCUCCAGGAGAAAGCCAGGCAAGCACCGCUUCACCAGCUCCCAAGGGCCGCCGCAGUCCUUCUCCCGGCAGCUCCCCGGCGGGCCGCACAGUGAAAUCUGAAUCUCCAGGAGUAAGGAGAAAGAGAGUCUCCCCCGUACCUUUUCAGAGCGGGAGAAUCACACCACCUAGAAGAGCCCCUUCCCCGGAUGGCUUCUCACCAUACAGCCCUGAGGAGACAAACCGCCGUGUAAACAAAGUCAUGCGGGCCAGGCUGUACUUACUGCAACAAAUAGGACCCAACUCUUUCCUGAUUGGAGGAGACAGCCCAGACAAUAAAUACCGGGUGUUUAUUGGGCCUCAGAACUGCAGCUGUGGACGUGGAACAUUUUGUAUCCAUCUGUUAUUUGUUAUGCUCCGGGUGUUUCAACUAGAACCUUCAGACCCAAUGUUAUGGAGAAAAACUUUAAAGAAUUUUGAGGUUGAAAGUUUGUUCCAGAAAUAUCACAGUAGGCGUAGCUCAAGGAUCAAAGCUCCAUCUCGUAACACCAUCCAGAAGUUUGUUUCACGCAUGUCAAAUUCUCAUACAUUGUCAUCAUCUAGUACUUCUACAUCUAGUUCAGAAAACAGUAUCAAAGAUGAGGAGGAACAGAUGUGUCCUAUUUGCUUGUUGGGCAUGCUUGAUGAAGAAAGUCUUACUGUGUGUGAAGACGGCUGCAGGAACAAGCUGCAUCACCACUGCAUGUCAAUCUGGGCAGAAGAAUGUAGAAGAAAUAGAGAACCUUUAAUAUGUCCCCUUUGUAGGUCUAAAUGGAGAUCUCACGAUUUCUACAGCCAUGAGUUGUCAAGCCCUGUGGAUUCCCCUUCUUCCCUGCGAGCUGCACAGCAGCAAACCAUACAGCAGCAGCCUUUGGCUGGAUCACAACGAAGGAGUCAGGAGAGCAAUUUUAACCUUACUCAUUAUGGAACUCAGCAGAUUCCUCCUGCUUACAAAGAUUUAGCUGAGCCAUGGAUUCAGGUAUUUGGAAUGGAACUCGUUGGCUGCUUAUUUUCUAGAAACUGGAAUGUAAGAGAGAUGGCUCUCAGGCGUCUUUCCCAUGAUGUUAGUGGGGCUCUGCUAUUGGCAAAUGGGGAGAGCACUGGAAAUUCUGGGAGCAAUGGUAGAAGCAGCCCGAGUGCUGGAGCCACCAGUGGGUCUUCCCAGACCAGUAUCUCAGGAGACGUGGUAGAGGCAUGCUGCAACGUUUUAUCAAUGGUCUGUGCUGACCCUGUCUACAAAGUGUACGUUGCUGCUUUAAAAACAUUGAGAGCCAUGCUGGUAUAUACUCCUUGCCAUAGUUUGGCAGAAAGAAUCAAACUGCAGAGACUUCUCCGGCCAGUUGUAGACACCAUCCUAGUCAAGUGUGCAGAUGCCAAUAGUCGCACAAGUCAGCUGUCUAUAUCAACCCUGUUGGAAUUGUGCAAAGGCCAAGCAGGAGAGUUGGCAGUUGGCAGAGAAAUACUUAAAGCUGGAUCCAUUGGUAUUGGUGGUGUUGAUUAUGUCUUAAGUUGUAUUCUUGGAAACCAAACUGAAUCAAACAACUGGCAAGAACUUCUGGGCCGCCUUUGUCUUAUGGACAGACUGCUGUUGGAAUUUCCUGCUGAAUUUUACCCUCAUAUCGCCAGUACUGAUGUUUCACAAGCUGAGCCUGUUGAAGUCAGGUAUAAAAAGCUGCUGUCCCUUUUAACCUUUGCUUUGCAGUCCAUUGAUAAUUCCCACUCAAUGGUUGGCAAACUCUCCCGAAGGAUCUAUUUGAGUUCUGCAAGAAUGGUUACUGCAGUACCCCAUGUAUUUUCAAAACUGUUAGAAAUGCUGAAUGUUUCCAGUUCCACUCAUUUUACCAGGAUGCGUCGUCGUCUGAUGGCUAUUGCAGAUGAGGUAGAAAUCGCUGAGGCCAUCCAGCUGGGCGUAGAAGACAAUUUGGAUGGUCAACAUGACAGCUUUUUGCAGGCAUCUGUCUCUAACAGCUUUCCUGAAACCACAGAGAACAGCUCCCUUGAGCACACAGACCAUUUGGAGAAAACUGGAAAAGUACUGUGUGCCACAAAACUGAGUGCCAAUUCAGAAGACAUUACUGACAGACUGGGUAGCAUUUCAGUAGGACUUCCUAGUUCAACAACAAUGGAGCAACCAAAGCCAGUGGUUCAAACUAAAGGCAGACCCCACAGUCAGUGUUUGAACUCCUCUCCUUUAUCUCAUCAUUCCCAGUUAGUGUUUCCAUCCUUGUCAACUCCUUCUUCAUCUGCCCCAUCUGCACCAGUUGGUACCGGAACAGAUAUCGCUAAGCAUAGACCUCAAGGAUUCAUUCCCUGCAAAAUACCUUCUGCAUCUCCUCAAACACAGCGUAAGUUUUCUCUACAGUUCCAGAGAAACUGUUCUGAAAACAGAGACUCAGAUAAACUUUCCCCCAUCUUUACUCAGUCAAGACCCCUGCCUUCUAGUACUAUACACAGGCCAAAGCCGUCUCGACCUACCCCAGGUAACACAAGUAAACAAGGAGAUGUCUCAAAGAAUAGCAUGACACUUGAUCUGAAAAGUAGUACUUCCAGAUGUGAUGACAGCUUUGGUGGCAGCAGCAAUAGCAGUAGUGCUGUUAUACCCAGUGAUGAGACAGUAUUCACCCCAGUAGAAGAGAAAUGCAGAUUAGACGUCAAUACAGAACUCAAUUCCAGCAUUGAGGACCUUCUUGAAGCAUCUAUGCCUUCAAGUGACACAACAGUAACUUUUAAGUCAGAAGUUGCUGUCCUGUCUCCUGAAAAGGAUGAAAAUGAUGAUAGCUACAAAGAUGAUGUGAAUCAUAAUCAGAAGUGCAAAGAAAAGAUGGAAGCUGAAGAAGAAGAAGCUUUAGCAAUUGCCAUGGCAAUGUCAGCGUCUCAGGAUGCCCUCCCCAUAGUUCCUCAACUACAGGUUGAAAAUGGAGAGGAUAUCAUCAUUAUUCAACAGGAUACACCCGAAACUCUACCAGGACAUACCAAAGCAAAGCAACCUUACAGAGAAGACACUGAAUGGCUAAAAGGUCAGCAGAUAGGCCUUGGAGCAUUUUCUUCUUGUUAUCAGGCUCAAGAUGUGGGAACUGGAACUUUAAUGGCUGUUAAACAGGUGACAUAUGUCAGAAAUACAUCUUCUGAGCAAGAAGAAGUAGUGGAAGCAUUAAGAGAAGAGAUCAGAAUGAUGAGCCAUUUGAAUCAUCCCAACAUCAUUAGGAUGUUGGGAGCCACAUGUGAGAAGAGCAAUUAUAAUCUCUUCAUCGAAUGGAUGGCAGGGGGAUCUGUGGCUCAUUUGCUCAGUAAAUAUGGAGCCUUCAAAGAAUCAGUAGUUAUUAACUAUACUGAACAAUUACUUCGUGGCCUUUCAUAUCUCCAUGAAAACCAGAUCAUUCACAGAGAUGUCAAAGGUGCCAAUUUGCUAAUUGACAGCACAGGUCAGAGACUGAGAAUUGCAGAUUUUGGAGCUGCAGCCAGGUUGGCAUCAAAAGGAACUGGUGCAGGAGAGUUUCAGGGACAGUUAUUGGGGACAAUUGCAUUUAUGGCACCUGAGGUACUAAGAGGUCAGCAAUAUGGUAGGAGCUGUGAUGUAUGGAGUGUUGGCUGUGCUAUUAUAGAAAUGGCUUGUGCUAAACCACCCUGGAAUGCAGAAAAACACUCCAAUCAUCUUGCUUUGAUAUUUAAGAUUGCAAGUGCAACUACUGCUCCAUCGAUCCCUUCACAUUUGUCUCCUGGUUUACGGGAUGUGGCUCUUCGGUGUUUGGAACUUCAACCUCAGGAUAGACCUCCGUCAAGAGAGCUACUGAAGCAUCCAGUCUUCCGUACUACAUGGUAG